AUGGAAGGACGGCGAGAUUCUAACGCUUCGGACGAUACUUUUAUUGAUCUUCAACAAUUAGAUCCUUCACCUAUAGAUUCUCCACCUGAUUGGGAUGAAAAACUACCUCAGCUACCUUCACAUGCCUCAUUUGGGAGAUCUUCAACAUUAGGACUUAGUGGCUCCGGCCAUGGCGCUGUAUAUUAUCAAUCCUUCCCCUUCGAACCCCUCCUCAUCGGUCUCCCCCUUGUCGCCCAUAUAACUUCGGGCGUCGCCUUACGUCUCUACCGCCGUCGCGUUGCUGAAAAACGUUACUCCUCGCAUCAACCCUCCAGUUCUCUUUCAUACUUUUCCUUCUUAUCGCCGAAGUUUUGGCCGUCAAUCUCCUACACCUCUAUUUCAGGCUAUAUUCUCGCUCCUCUUGUAGCAUCUCACACAUUUGUCAACCGAAUCAUCCCUUUGAUACAUGAGGGGGGAUCAUCUGGUGUUGGGCUAGGAUAUGUUGCGCAUGGCUUUGCCAAACAUCCUAAGCUCGCGUGGACAACGUAUGUAGCUUUGGUUGGAAUAGGUGCGGGUCAUAUGGUUUGGGGCGCUGCAAAGUGGUUAAACCUAUUAUCUAGAGGGACUGAGAAAGAAAUAAGAAGGAUAUGGUGGAGUCUCAAUAGUAUUGUCGGUCUUGUGGGAGCUAUUUGGUAUGCCGGCGGAUUAGGCAUUGUUGCACGAGGCGGAGCGGAAACUGGUUGGGUUGGUACUGGAAACGGAGUGGGUAGUGGUGCAGAUUUUUAUCAAGAUCCUGAUAUUUUGACAACACAGCGAGGUGUUUAA